AUGGAGAUUUGCUACAACGUGGAAACGCAGGACGAUUUGAGUGAGAAUUUUGGCAUAACUGUCACGGCACUUAUCACCAGUUGCAAACUUAUGAGCUUAGUCGUAGGGCGAAAAACUAUCAUAAAUAUGUUGGAUCUACUCAAGAAGAAGCCCUUUGUACCAGAGAACAAUGGGGAAGUACAAAUUCACGCGAAAUACGACAAUCUAAUCGAAAAAGUCGCGAUGUUCUAUACAAUCCAAGUCACAUUUUGUGUGCUUGCUUUAGUAGGAACGACAUUGGUCAGUAACUUCAAAUUGAAAAAAUUAAUGUUUCGCGCUUGGUUUCCUUUCGACUUCACCUCCUCGUGGCUUGCGUUUUCUAUGACGUUCAUCUAUCAAUUCGUGGGUUUAAUGAUCAUAGCCACUGGCGUCAGUAUGUUCGACACGUUUUUCGCUGGCCUGUUGCUUCACAUCUGUUGUCAAUUCGAGAUGUUGAUAGAUCGCCUGCACAAUAUCGGAGGAAAUGAAAUUCAAUCGUUAAAAGACUGCGUUCGGCACCAUAAUAUGAUAUUCAGAUUCGCCGAAAUAGUAAACAAUUUUUUUAACAAAAUCAUGUUCGUGCAAUUUAUGGUAAGCACAGUCGCGAUAUGCUUUACUCUUUAUCAACUAACAGAAACAAACGACAGUUUGCAAAUAAUUGGAUGGACAUCGUUCAUGUUUUCCGCUUUAAUUCAAACUUUCUACUUUUGUUGGUUCGGAGAUGCAGCGAAAGUAAAGAGCCUCGAUAUUUCUAAUAUGUUAUAUCAUAGCGAUUGGCCAAAUUUGAGCAACGACGCUAGGAAGAUGCUUCUGAUAAUCAUGGCACGUUCAUUGACACCCGUGGAGAUUACAAGCGCCUAUAUUCUACCCAUGAACUUGGAAUCUUUCAAGAGAUUGAUGAAAACCACUUACUCGGCGUAUAACAUGCUGGUACAGAAUAAGUCGUCGCGACGAAUUGCGAUUUGUUACACAAUUCUGGUGGAGGUGGCUGCGAUAUGGAUAUUCGUAAGAGCGUUCCUCACGGACUUCAAGAAGAGAAAACUAGUCUUUCGAGCUUGGCUACCGUACGAUUAUUCGGAGCUGUUGCCAUACACGUUCAGUUACGCUUACGAAGUUGCCACUUCGUUGCUGUGCUCUUGUCAAAACGUUGCUAGUGACACGCUAUUCGCUGGCUUGCUGAUUCAAAUUAACGGCCAGUUCGAAAUACUCGAGGAACGUCUGAGAAACAUCGAGGAGGACUCGAAUUAUUCGGCGAAGCAGUGCGUCAAACAUUAUCAACAAAUUUACAAAUUCUCUAAAACGGUGAACGAGAAAUUCAAAAUAAUACUUUUCUUGCAAUUUUGUACGAUCGCAUUUACGCUAUGCUUUAAUCUCUACCGAAUGACCAACAUAACGAUGCUUUCUAAAUUUCUGGAGGCGUCGCUUUUCCUAGUUCGCAUUAUAGCGCAGAUACUGUAUUAUUGUUGGUUCAGUAACGAAGUGAAAUUGAAGAGCCUUCAGGUGCCUGCCAUGAUAUUUAAGAGCAAUUGGGCAUCGUGGGAUACGAAAACAAAGAAGAUUCUCUUAGUGAUCAUGACACGAGCGACACAUCCUAUAGAAUUUACGAGUGGCUACCUGGUAACAUUGAACAUCGAUUCUUUCGUAGCGCUGAUGAAAACCUCAUACUCAGUUUUUAACUUGUUGCAACAAACUAAAUGACGAUACGAAGUGAAAGAGCAGCGGAUCUUGACAUUAUAUCUUUGGAUUUUUCUGGAUGAGUACGUUCUGCAAGUGUACCGAGGCAUGUAGAGUACAUAGCAAUAAACUUUAUAUC